AUGUCAGGGGAAUGGUCUGUUGGGCUCUGCAGCUGCUUCGGAGAUGUCGGCACCUGUUGCUUGACUUGCUGGUGCCCCUGUGUUACAUUUGGCCGUGUCGCAGAGGUUGUGGACAGAGGCUCCACAUCAUGCUGCAUGAGUGGGACCCUGUAUGUUCUGCUCCUGUCCAUAGGUUGCCAGUGGUUGUAUACUUGUAGCAAACGCUCCUCAAUGAGGGCACAAUACAACUUACAAGAAUCGCCAUGCUUGGACUGUUGUGUUCACUUCUGGUGCGACACCUGCGCGCUGUGCCAGGAGUAUAGAGAGCUCGAGAAGCGCGGCUUCAAUAUGGCCAAAGGAUGGGAAGGUAGCAACAAGGUGGUGGGGUGUGUACAAGGGAUGAGGCCGCCACGGAAGCAAUCAAUGUGCUUCUAG